CCAGCCCUUACCUCCAUUUCUGGGAUUCAAGGGAACAUCGUGUUUUCUUGAGAAGCACAGUUGCUGCUCAAGUGUUAAACCAUAUUGUGCAUCUCAGAAGACAGGGACCAAAAUCUCCUGUUCUAUGAAUAUGUCUGCACAGCAAUCAGAUGAUCAUGGGAAAAUGAAGCUGGACCAGUUAAUAGACAAAGCACGAAAGCUUUGGGAUAGUUCUCCUGAGCCAGUGAAGAAUUUCCCCUGGAGCAAAGCUUUGGACAACUUCAUACAACUUAUUCUUGAUCUUAUUUUGUUUGUCAUCAGAUACCUGGCUGUGCCCGUAUUCGCAGUUACCUCCCUCAGUGAGUUGUCCUACUGUGCGCAUGAAAGGAAGCUAGUUCUUGUUCCGCUUCCAGUUCUCUUUGGAGUUGCUAUUGCUGGGAUCCUUAAAGAGACUGCUCUUGAGUUAUCUCCACGUCUAAAGGAUGCUGAAGUUCCAUGGCAUUUAAUUGUCAUUGCAAUUUUCUUCACAUUGAUCAAAUUGCCAGGGCCAUAUUACCCUUACUGGGGACGUAUAUUUAUUCCUCAUUUUGCGAAUGGGGUUCUGUUGAGGACUAUAUGGUUCACAAUAUUGUGGUAUAGAAGGCCUAAAUCACUAAAGAUGUCGGAUUCUAGUUAGUUAACCGUUAUGAUGCUAGCCUGCAAAGUCAGUUUCAGAUGAGACCAGAUUUUUUUUUACGAGUGAAGACCAUAGUGGAUAGUUAAGAAAUUCAUUGAGAUUUUUGUUGAAUUUAUUUAGAAUUCACUUUGUUGAGGAAAGGUGUAACUGCUAUUCUUAGUUAAUAACUAUAGUUUGUCUUGGAAAUAUGUGGUUGUGUUGGAUAGUGGGGUAGAUAACUUUUGUAUGGAGAAAUAAAUGUAAACGGUGACCACAUUUUGUAUAAGGAAAAGAUUUUCAUCUUA